GCUUAUAUGCACCACUCGCGCCCGCCUGCUUCUGGAUCCCUCUUCCUCCUUCCCACCUACCCUUCUUCCUCGCAGCAGCCUUAUCUCUUCUCCGGCUCAGCCUAGCAAAGCCUUCUCCGGCCAGCGAGAGAGAAAGGAAGUGGAGGCAUGAAGAUCCAGUGCGACUCGUGCGGCGUCGCGGCGGCCACGGUGGUGUGCUGCGCGGACGAGGCGGCGCUGUGCGCGCGCUGCGACGUGGAGAUCCACGCCGCCAACAAGCUCGCCAGCAAGCACCAGAGGCUCCCGCUCGACGCGCUCGGCGCCAAGCUCCCGCGCUGCGACAUCUGCCAGGAGAAGGCCGCCUUCAUCUUCUGCGUCGAGGACCGGGCGCUCUUCUGCCGCGACUGCGACGAGCCCAUUCACGUCCCCGGCACGCUCUCCGGGAACCACCAGCGCUACCUCGCCACCGGCAUCCGCGUCGGCCUCGGCCCCGUCUCCGCCUGCGCCGCCGGGGACCACGGCGCCGGCCACGACGCCGACCACCACGCCCCGCCCAAGGUCGCCUGCGAGCCCCACCCGCCGGCCCAGCCCGCCGCCCGCGCGCAGCAGGUCCCCUCGCCGCCGCAGUUCCUGCCGCAGGACUGGGCCGUCGACGAGCUCCUGCAGUUCUCGGACUACGAGUCCAACGACAAGCUGCACAAGGACUCGCCUCUGGCCUUCAAGGAGCUGGAGUGGUUCACCGCGGACAUGGAGCUCUUCCACGACCACGCGCCCAAGGGCGGCAGGGCGACCAUGGAGGUGCCCGAGUUCUUCGCCUCCCAGGCGGCAGACGACGCCGCCUACUACAGGCCGAGCAGAGUGGCCGCCACCGCCGGCUUGCGCCAGAGCAAGAAGGCCCGCGUCGAGAUCCCCGACGACGAGGACUUCUUCAUCGUGCCUGAUCUUGGCUAAGCGAUGCUCCUAGGUUCUAGUACUCCCUCGUGUGAUUUUGCAGUGCUGUUGUAUACAGAGAGGAGCUGUGUACAAAAGCUAGUGUUCUGUCGAACUGUGCCCUGUGCAUCUUGACGUAGCAUCGCUGAACUGUGACAUAUAAUAAUCAUCGUAAGAUAUGAGCUUUGCAAAA